UGAGGAUUCAAAAAUUCCCACUAAAAAAUCAGUUGGUGCAAAACAUAUGGGAAUUGGAUGGCGAUUCCAUGGAAAUUGCAUGGGAUUUGAAAUUCCUUUCCAAGCGAAGAAAUGUACAGAAAUCAGUCCCAACUCGGGGGUUUGUAGCGGUGAGAGUGAUAUAUUUGUCCCAUGUAAAAAAAAAAAAUCAAAGGUAACAUCAAAAGAAGCUAAUGAUAGAGAAUGCACUGCCAUUCUAGGGAAAAUUGAACAACGGAAAAGGACUUACAGAUACAUUUUAAAUGCAGAUUCCUGCAAACUUCAAUGCAGAAUAAGAUGUAUAUUUUAUGGAUUAAAUCAAUUUUGGGAGUGCAAAAACAGAACGAUCGAACAUAAAUAUGAUGAAUACAUGGAGAACAAAUUCGUGGUAAAUGGUACUCAGUUGACCAAUAAUACCAUAUGCAUAAAUAACAAACUGCACAUAUUAUCCAAGUCCAUGCGGGAAGCUACGGCCAAAGCUAUGAAAGUUGACAUGGAAGCUAUCAAAGCAAACAAAAUAGAGAAACAGAAACCAACGAUGAGUCACAAAUCUUAA